AUGACUGGCGGAAAAUCUGGCGGCAAAGCCUCUGGCGGCAAGAGCGCUCAAUCCCGAUCCUCAAAGGCUGGUCUCGCAUUCCCCGUUGGCCGUGUCCACCGUCUCCUGCGGAAGGGCAACUAUGCUCAGCGUGUUGGUGCCGGUGCUCCGGUCUACCUUGCCGCCGUGCUUGAAUAUCUUGCGGCUGAAAUCCUCGAACUUGCCGGCAACGCCGCUCGUGACAACAAGAAGACCCGUAUCAUCCCUCGUCAUCUUCAAUUGGCCAUCCGAAACGACGAGGAGUUGAACAAGCUGCUGGGACACGUCACAAUUGCCCAGGGUGGUGUCUUGCCCAACAUCCACCAAAACUUGCUGCCAAAGAAGACCGCCAAGGGCAAGAACCCCAGCCAAGAGCUGUAA